GUGACUGCCUGUGCUGGGGUGGAGAGGCUGAGGAUGAAGGCUGCUUUUCAGAGGUGUGGGCUCUUCUCAAGCACCCAGGCACAAGGCUACAGACCAUAUUGACUGAGCUGGGUCUUGUGGGGAUCCCCGCUAGUAAGGGGCAACAGGAGGGGUGGGCUUUCAAGUGCAGGUGCUGACACUUUUUGGGCAGUGAAGGCUACUGAGAUCCAGGAUUUUUUUAACCAUGUUCUGUAUUGCUGCUUAGGAAUUAAAACACAAACGUUGUUUCCCUUUGUGUGACUGAGACCACUUAUCAGAAAGUCGUCAAUUGCACGCUUUAAUUCCUGCCCUGUGCUGGGCUGGCAGGCACUUCUGCAGCUUGCUUAUAAAAUCCAUGUCCCGGAGAAAACAGCAGCUUCUGUCAAACAGCGUCACCCAGGAGUGGAUCUUAUCACCAAGGAUUCCAAAUGUGAAAAACCCAACCAAACAAGUCCAUACAUCGAGCCCAGAUCAAGGAUGCAAUGCAGAACGUAUCAGACACAGCUGAGUCUUUGGCCGUGUGUCUCUGAGCUGCACAAAUGGGUGCUGAAACGUGCCAAGCAGUGGCCUAAAAUUAGAGCCCAAUGACCUGGCAUUGCUGAGGUUCCUCCCUGCUGGUAUUUGAGCAGCCCCGAGGAGGUGUCGAUGUGUGUGACUGACACUGACCCACAGCGCCUUUUGUCUCCCCGACAGUGCUUUUAGGACUGAGGAACUCUUAUGGGAUCCUUGUUUAUGUCUUUGGGGAUAUUGGGGGUCCCAUGAGGUGGGGCGGUGCACUGAGGGCUUCCCUCUUGCUACCCUUUCAUGCACUGCAUCGUGCCUGGGCUGCUGGUGGUGAAGUCCGCACAAAGGAUGCUUUAGGAUAUCAAGGACUGUGGUCUCUGAGCUACGAGCAAGAGCUCACCACACCACUACACAUCACAGCCAGCCGGGGCUACACAGACUGCCUGCAGCUCCUGCUGCUCAGGGGUGCUGCCGUCAACUUUGCACCGGGGGGUAAGACUGCCCUGCACGAGGCUUGUGUGGCAGCCAGUGCUGACUGCGUGCGCCUGCUGCUCAGCUUUGGCGCUGACCCCGAGGCUGUCUCUGAGGAUGGCUACAAGCCUCUGCAUCUCUGCAAGAGUCCAGACUCCAUCAAGUGUGUUCAGCAGCUGCUGAAGCACGGUGCCCACGUAAACAGCCAGACGGAGGAGGAGGAGGACACGGCACUGCAUGUGGCAGCUCGGCACGGCCUCACCGAUCACGUCCAGCUGCUGCUGCAACACGGGGCAGAGCUGGAGGCGAGGAACGAGGAGGGGCAGACGCCACUGAAUGCUGCCUGCGCGCAGCCCCACUCGCCCCAGGACACGGAGCGCUACUACAGGGUUUGCCAGCUGCUGGUGGAGAGCGGUGCCAGCGUCAACGCUGCUGACAGGGACCAUCAGCACCCACUGCACUUGGCCUGCAAGAAUGCCAACGCCCAGAUAGUAGAGCUACUGCUGGCCCAGGGUGCAAACGUCAACAUCAUGAACUACAGCGGCAACACAGCCCUGCACAACAUCCUGCAGGCAGCUGCCUACAAGCUGGAACACCAUCCCGAGCUCGUGGUGCGGACCCUGCUCAACUACGGGGCCAUCCGCAUCUGGCCUGGCUCCCUUCUCAAGGUGCUGCGGUACUGCAAUGCCUGCCCACGAGCCAUCGAGGCCCUGAUGAACUGCUACGACCACGUGCGCGUGUCCGAGGAGUGGCUGUCGGCCGUCCCAGCAGAAGUCGUGCAGAAGUACCCCCGUUUCUACCAGUCGCUGUUCUCCCUGGAGCAGAGACCCCGCUCCCUGCAGCACCUGGCCCGCUGCGCGCUCAGGGCCUUCCUGGAGGGGCGGCUGCUCCCGGUGCUCUCCCAGCUGCACCUGCCCAGCGCCCUGCACCGCUUCCUGCUGCUCAGCUUUGAGGAUGUUCUCUACUGAGUGUGGCCCUACGUCCCACCGUGCCUUUCUGUGCAGACGUUACAUCCUUCCUGCUGAUCCCUUCCCUCUUGCUGCACCAUGCCAGCCCCUCUGCUGUCCCUGCCGUCCCCGUGCGCUGCCUCCCGCACCUAUGGAGCGCUCCAUGCACCCACACUAACCAGGACAAGCUUCAGACUCACCAAGGAAAGCGAGAGAUGAGCACCAGGGCAGUUUGUGGAUGGGGGAAAUGUGCUGGACUGAUCUCAGCUUUGUUGCAGACUAUCAGCCCUCCUGUCCCAAACCUACAAAUUCUAACCAGACCCAGGCUGCUCUGCUGGACAUCUGUUGGGAUCUUAUCUCGUGUCAUGUUUACAGUUUGUACACAAGGCUGUUUGGAAUAAACACUGAUAAAUGCCACCCUACAACUUCUGCCCUGCCCUGCAGACUGCGUGUCCCAGCUCAGUGUGACAGCUGUGCACAGCAGCACAUACACACAGCCCUGUGUGUCCAUCUGCUCCUCUGAGGACCAGGGACAAAGGGUGAUGGGCACAGAGCCGAGGCCUCCUGAAUGCACUCUUCCCAUGCAGGUUCAGCAUCUGGAUUUGCCUGGCCUUGUAGCUUGGGCAGUGCUUGUGCCAGCUCCAGGGGUGUGGGGUGAGGAGGAAGUGUGCCCUGGGAGUCCCGUUCUCCUGGGCACAGAGCAGCCUGCCCCUGUGCCCCCAGCCAGCAUCUGACAGCCCAGUGCAGGGCCACACACAGCUCCUGCUGCACUGUGAGAAAGGUAAAGGGUAGCAUCUGCUUCUGUGAUUUAAAGUCAGUGCUGUAAAGGCUAACCAGCCCUUAGCUGUUUGCUGGAAGUUAACCCCAUCCUGUUGCUGUCCCAGGGAGUACCUGGGCUGCUGCUGUCUGGCAGAGGAUGUGCCAGGACAGCACUGUGGUCACUUCUCUUUGUGCAGUGAUCUUCUGAAGCCUCUGAACACCCACCCUGGCACCAGGGCACAGAGACACGCAGAGCUGAAGGCUGAGCACUGGGACAGACCCAGGGCUUCUGCCUCUGUCUGGACACAGAGUGUAGGUCUGCUCCCCGUUACCGCUGCCUUGCACAGCCAGUCCAUGCUGCUCUGAAGUGUCGAGUUUGACAUAACUGUGAGCUGUGGUGUGCCAUUCCUUGUGUAUUUGCACCAGGGAUGCAUCACACACAGUGCGCUUGCUAAUGGGGUACAAUAUGGAUGUGUGCUCUUAGGCUCCCAGGGCAUGCCCAGAAGCUGGCUGCAGCGGUCUGCCUGUCCAGGUAAUAUUGUCACAGCAUAGAGAUGGUGUAACCCAGAAAGGACUGACAGCUUGCUUUAUGGCAUCAGUGGGCAGGGAGGGGAGGUGAUGUCCCACAGCUGCCUGCAGAACAGCAGGAGGAGAGCAAGGGAGUGAGAGCGUACAUGGGAUAACAGCCCCUGCUUGUAGCAUGCUUCAGGAGUGCAUUUGCCUUGAACCAGAGCUGGAACCCAGCAUGAAGUCACCCCCUCCCUGCUGGCCAAGCUCACACGACUGCCCAGAGUGAUUUGUUUAUGGGAACAAGUCCCAUAGCCCAAUUCUUGCAACUUGAAGCACUUUUUAUAGUGUUUGCUUUUUGGUGUGUUGUAUCUGUGGUUGGAGGAAGGACAAAAUAGGAGGGUCUGUCUUGUUGUGAUGGCAUGGAUUUGGGUUGCCUUAAGCUGGCUGGACAUCCCUGGUAUGGAGGCAGCCUACAAAGCAGUGCAAGUGGGGUCUUUCUUUCCAGCACUGUCCUGCAGCAAUGUAUGUUCAGUUGUGUGUACUGAGCUUCUAAAAUAUUAUCAUUUUUGUGAGGGCAGCGGAGGACUGAAUAUAAUUGUUCUACUUUGUCAGUGGUAUUUCUCACAGCUGUUAGACUACAGGCCCAGCCCCAGAUCCACUUCUGCUGGUGCUGGGAUCUGCCCUGCAUUUCAUUGCUGAGGGCAGAGCAGUCUGAAAGAGGUCAUCCUACAGAAUAUCUCUGUUUCUGCAACCAGAGGAGCACGCGGUGCCCCUGCACACGUGGGCAGCCCAAUUCCAGGAGCUACCUGUACCUCUGUGGGCACCUGCUGUGAUGCAGGAGCUGCACUGAAACUGCAGGUGGAACUCUGGUUUUGCAGUCAUGGGUCUCAGAUGUGGGGAGGGCAGAUGGCAGGCAGAGGGAGAAGGGUAACCGAUGGCAGGACACAGCCUCCAUCGGCUGGAAGGGACUCACAUGGCACAUCGAAACCACCUCCCCAAACAUGUUCUGAGGUUAACUCAGCCGUGCUAAUCAGUUAGCAACUGUUUUUUUUUUUUUUUUUGGAAAGAAUAUACAAGAACAGAAUUUCAUGUCUUUGAUGUUCCUAAACAUAUUUUGGCAAUACAAAAAGCAAUACAAAAAUACAAAGUGCUUCUUUUUGUCAGGCUUUUAAAGGGGCACCUUCCAAUGCGGGACUGAAUGUUGCUGGUGUGGUAGGAGCUGUGCCUGGAGGUGAGGGCUGUGCUCUGAACUGAGCACUGUGACAUUGCUGGCACAGGCAGUGUGACUCAAAUCUGUUUUCAGUGUCAUGGGGGGCUGCUGACUGCUGCUGUACCCAGGUGCCAGGAAUGCCUCCUGGGCAUACGCAGUUGUUCGGCUUUGGGAUUCGUCUAUACUUUUGGGCAGAGCAAAGUGAGGCACCUCGUGAUGGGCGGAGGUAAUGUGAGCCCACGGCUGUGCCCAGGAACAAAGCUGUCCCAUUUCCAAGCAGAAGUUUCCAUCCCAGCCGCAGCUGCUGGGUGUCACUCUGCCCCUCUCUCAAAACAUUGCCCAUUCCUUCUUCCAAAGCGUCCCCUUCCUUUAGCUGGAGGGUCAGUUUCCACUGACAUCAGCUCUGGUGAGGCUGUACCUCAAGUAUGGCAUUGUCUGGUUCUGGGCCCCUCACAGCCAGGAAGACAUCGAGGCUCUGCAGUGUGUGCAGAGAAGGGCAGUGGAGCUGUGGGGUCAGGAACACAGAUCUCAUGGGGAGCGGCUGAGGGAGCUGGGAUGGUUCAGUCUGAGGAGACCCAGGGGAGACCUUAUGGCUCCACAACUGCUGCAAGGAGGUGGUGCUGAGGUGGGGGUCAGCCUCUUUAACAGUGAUAGGAUGGGAGGGAAUGGCCUCAAGUUGUGGCGGGGAGGCUCAGGGUGGAUGUUAGGAAGAAUUUCUUCUCUGGAAGGGUGGUCAGGCGUUGGAAGGGGCUGCGCAGGGAGGUGGGUUAUGAACAAACCUUCAGGCGUUCAGGAAGCGCUGAGAUGCUGUACUGAGGGAUGUGGGUCAGUGGGGAAAUGGUGGUGGGAGGUGGGUGGUUGGACUGGAUGAUCGUGGAGGUCUUUUCCAGCCUUGCUGAUCCUAUGGCCCUUCCCUAUAGGCUUCCCAGCCUCAGAUAUCUGCUUGACUCUUAGCUGGCCUGCCCCUUGGUGAGCAGCAUUACUUGCCAUGUUGUUGUAUUUAGCAGCUCUAUGUGGAUCUUUUUCUACCAUGCAUUUAACCAGUCAAUUUUUGGACCCACGUAAGUGUGGGCAUUAUGAUACCCUUCUAGCAAGAAGCUCUUAACUAAAUUGCACUGUGCCCAUCAUCUCUUCUCUUUGUCCUCAUGCGGUCACCUUGUUUUAUGGGAUACCUUUAAACUCUUGCCUUCAAAAAAUUUGUGGACAUUUGUAGUCUGUUCUGCAUCAACUACCCAAGAUCUUACAGGUCACUGUCUCUCUUCCCUCCUCACUCAGACAGGAUUCCAUCUGACUGUGUAGCUCUCUGUAUAGAAGCUGUCACCCACCCCUUAACCACCAGCACAGACCUUCCCUGGUCUCGGUGCAUCCAUUUGAGCUGAGAGGAUUGGCCCUGAGCCUGGCAUCCAAAACAUGGUUGCACUGUGCUUUUGUGAGGUUUACUCUCAGCACUGUGGCUGUGAGAUGCACACAACUCAGAUCUGUGCUUGGCAUUACCAGGGGCACACAGCCCUGGAGGUGCUUUGGCAGCAGUGCUCUCCCAUCCAGGAUCUCCCCUGUUUGGGUGGCACAUAACACACACUCUGUUUCUUGGGCUCACUGCUGUCCACAGUCCGGUCUCUGUAUUGAAAUGAAGCAUACAUUCUUCGUGCUUCUGUGUUUUGCCUGGAACUUGGAUGCACUGAAGCCAGUUUUUCAGGAACCCGCCAUUCCUGCAGUGCAGAUGAGGUUGUUCUGUCCAAGCACCACCUGACGCCUCCACCAUUCCAACGUCUCAUUUUUAACCACCUCAACAGCUCUACCAAAAAUCACUCUUCCUUUUCUCCCUGCUUGCUAACAACACGUAGCACUGAUAUGUGAAUGGAACGCAGCUAGGAGUGCACCUGUCAGAGUUACAUGGAAUAACUGCUCUGUCACCCAGCUUCCUCAACUCAGUUAAUACUGAUCGCAUCCCCUAUAGCAGUCAGCUAAUAUUUCCCACUAGAAUCAUUGUGUAGAACGAAGUCAAGUGACCUGCAGGAGUCCAGGCACGUCAUAUGUGUGUAGUCAGCUCUACUGAGUGCUUAUAGGCUUACAAACCAAGAAAAAGUCAACAGAUGAACAAACCCCCAAAUGUUUAUAAUAAGCCUUUCACUUAGAUGAAGGAAUGCUGCUAUUCGGGGCUCUGGCUUUCACUGAUGUACCCUGAGCCUCCCCUGGCUGUUUACCCGGGACUGCUGGGAUGUCUGCUGAGCUAUUCUCUAUUAUCUGUGCUGCUGUUCUCUAUAUAUCUAUGCUGCUCUCUAUUUCCUUGGAUAUCUGUGACCACAUUAAAUACCAGUCAGACACUGGAUUUCUUCCCUCAGUUAUCUUCAGUUCCCCAACGUGCCAUGAUCUGUCAUAGAGAAAAACAAAAGGUCCAGUGAACUCAUGAGCCAAUUAAAAACUCUUGGAUGCAAGUUAUCCUCCCGCAGUCCACAAAGAUUGUUACUUAGUUCCUCUUCAGCAUCUUCCUUAAUCACUGAUGGAACAGGUGUCGUUUCACAGUGGUAGUGGUACAUGAAUAUCACCCAUUGCCGUUGCCUCAAAUGCAGAGCAGGAAUAGGUACCAGCUUCUUGUUUUCACACACAGCAGCCUGGGGAAGCUGCCCAGAAACUGCGAGCUUUUGGCAUCUGUUACUCUGGAGUCUGUAUUUAAAAAAAUAAAGCAAGAAGGGAUUGGUGAGGGUUCAGAGAAGAGCUGUGGAUUGCCAGUAAUGCACAGCAGUGCAAAUCAGGGCAAGGCGGUGGGUUGCACACCACAGUUACACCUGGGGGCCUGUGUGCAGUGCUGGGCACUGCAGGCAGAGGUGUGAUGGUGCUCUGCCAGGACGGCCCCACCAGACCUCCUGGGGGCAUGGGGAGAGUGGGGCAGGUGCAGUUCUUCAGCAUCACCAGCCCUCCUAACUGGCACUCGGAGAUAAGAUGAGGUCCAGUGCUGGAAAUGGAAGCUGGGCAAAAACAGAUUAGAAAUGAGACAGGUUUUAAUAGUGAGGAUAAUUAAUCUGCUAGCUAAUUGCCUCUUAGAAUAGCUUAUCAUGCUGAAUGUAGAUUUCUCAUCUCUGUCAUCUUUAAAACCACCACCAGGCCUGCCCUCGCCCAGGCCAGGCUUCAUCCUGUGCAGUGCUCAGCCCAAGUCCCAGGGCGAUCAGAGUGCUUAAUUACAGCACUGUAAUCCAUGGAUCUUCACUCCCACGCUGGUCUGCUGCCGGCCUCCACUGCAGCUGGGACUGCAUCUGACCCUGGGGUAAUUAAACAGCUCCACGUUUCCAUCAACAGCUCUUCUCAUGGAUACUUCACCUGAUGCCUCUGACUUCCCCUCAGCUCCCUGCACUGCAUGCAUGCUGGCUGGCACUGGCUCUGCUGAAUUCCUUGCUCUGGAUGUGCUGCACAUUUUGGAUUCUGAAUAAGACAUUCUGAAAUAAAAGGUGAUGGUAGCUUGCA